GACGGAGGGCCCUAUAAAUUCCACAUCCCCGUCCCGCACCCGCUUUCAAUUUCCCACUUUUUCUCUGCAAAUUUUCUCGCUCGCUCGCUCUUCCUUUCUUGGCUACCAAGCAACUAUGGAUGCCUUCACGUCUUUCUUCGAUUCCCAAACGUCUUCGCGAAACCGCUGGGCUUCCGAGUCUCUCAAGAAUUUCCGUCAGAUCUCUCCCGUCGUUCAGAAUCAUCUCAAACUGGUCUACCUCACUUUAUGCUGCACCCUGAUUGCAUCAGCUGCAGGAGCCUACCUGCAUAUCCUGUGGAAUAUCGGAGGCAUGAUCACCCUUCUUUCUUGCAUUGGAUGCAUGGUGUGGUUACUCUGCACACCAACCUAUCAAGAGAAGAAGAGGGUUUCUCUACUGAUGGCCGCUGGUCUCUUUGAGGGGGCUACUCUUGGGCCUUUAAUUGAACUGGCCAUUGAGAUUAACCCGAGUGUCUUGAUCAGUGCAUUUGGAGGAACUGCUCUGGCCUUUGGCUGUUUCUCAGCAGCAGCCAUGUUGGCAAGGCGCCGGGAAUACCUUUACCUGGGGGGUUUGCUUUCUUCUGGCCUUUCUAUGCUAAUCUGGUUACAGUUUGCUUCUUCUGUCUUUGGGGGUUCUGCAGCUCUUUUCAAAUUUGAGCUGUAUUUCGGGCUUUUGAUUUUUGUGGGCUACAUGGUAGUUGACACCCAGGAAAUGAUUGAGAAGGCGCACCAUGGUGACCUGGACUAUGUGAAGCAUGCCCUGACCCUUUUCACUGACUUUGUUGCUGUGUUCAUCCGUAUACUGGUUAUCAUGUUGAAGAACUCGGCCGAGAAGAAUGAGAAGAAGAAGAAAAGAAAGGAUUGAUGCUCCUCCUGUAACCCUGGUGAUGCAAAGCAAUGCAAAAUGAGAUCGUCACUUGUCUAUAUAGAGUUUUCCAUGUGACCUCAAAAACAAAAUGUGUAGUUGAUAGUGAUUGUCUAGUGUUGCUGCCGUUAAACUUCUACUUACUGUUUUGAAUGACAUCGUUUUAAUUCGUGACGAAGUUUAUUGUUGUGUUGUGUUAAUAAACUGGCUAGCUCCUCCAUCUGCACUACCUGUUUGGUGGUAUAGCAGGUUUCCAAGUUGCGAUUUUGAUACUUCCGAGUCCAUGGAACGAUUUUCGCCACAUCCAGUAGUUAGAGCGUGGGCGUAGCGAAAAUCCGGAUUUCGCAAGACUCAAAUUUUACGAUGAAGAUGGUGAGCAGUAGUGAUUUAUAUUAUGAAAUUUUACGAUGCCCUGUUGUCUUUGGGAGAUUUCGCAAAUUUGUUGACACUAGUUAUGGAAUAGCAUGUAACAGUACCUAACUUUAA